AUGCCCCAGCCAAAAGUGUCCAUUUCGUACUGUGCCAGGUGUAAAUGGCAAAACAGAGCUGUUUGGUAUUUACAGGAGAUUCUCCAGACCUUCAGUGACCCAGAGAAGAAUCUAAUCCCUGAAGUGGCUGUUUGCCCAAGUUACGACAACCCAGGGCUCUUUGAAAUCUCUGUUACCAAGGAUAACCAGGAGCAGAUUGUGUAUAAGAGGAAGAUGAAGAAGAGUGACGUGGACCAGUCGGCUGAGUAUUAUUAUGAUGGGUUUCCAGAUUCAAAGUUGUUGAAGGUGCUUCUUAGAAACGCUCUUUUCCCUGAAGCUGGACUAGGACACGCCGAGGGCCAGCCUACGGGGCCAGGGUUGAUGCUUACGUGUGAAAAGUGUAAGGACGAGGAGUAG